AUGGAAGAGGAAGCCUAUAAAGAUCUUAUGUUGCUGCCUUCCUCUUCUCCAGUUGUAGCAGUUGCUAUCAGUGGGAACAAAAACAGUAAACAUAUAAUUAGGUGGUCCUUGGAAAAUUUUCGACACAAGGGCAUCAUUAGUUUCAAGUUGAUACACAUCAUCCCAAGGAUUACUAGUGUGCCAACUCCAAUGGGAAACUCAAUUCCAGUUUCACAAGUUCGUGAAGAUGUUGCUGCGGCUUAUAGGAAAGAAAUGGGGUGGCAGACAAGUGAAAAGCUUGUUCCAUAUAAGAAGAUGUUUGCUCAGAGAAAGGUACAGCAUGAUGUUGUGACUCUUGAAGCAGAUGAUGUUGCAAAUGCAAUAAUAGAAGAGGUUACAAGGUGUUCAAUAAGCAAGCUCGUUAUAGGGGUUUCAUCACAUGGAUUUUUCUCGAGGAAACUAAACGGUCUGUCCUCAAGAAUAUCAGCUCAUGCACCUAGAUAUUGUACGGUCUAUGCCAUUUCAAAAGGAAAAUUAGCCUCAAUACGGCCACCUGAUAUGGAGACAAGCGUGAGCAUUAAAGAUGAUUCGAGUGAAGCAAGUUCUGCACAUAGCUACUCAAGCUAUUCUUCUAGCUCGCUUACAGAUAGCAGUUUGAGCUUAAUUACAUCCUACUCUCAUUUUCCUUCUCCUUCCCCUUCUCGACCAUUACAACGGUUUCUAGCUCUUUCGACCAUCAAUCAGUCUCUUCUUACUACGAAAACUAGCCCCAUUGUAGCCAACCAUUCUCGAUGCCAUUCCGUUGAUAUUGAGGAGCCGGUGGAUCGCCUUCGAUCCUCUCCCAAUGUUUCAUAUUGUGCACAAACAUUGAGUCGAGCCUCUAGUUGUAAAAGCUUGCCAACAGAUUACAAGUCAUGGGUUCCUGAUGAAGCUUCAUCAUCAGGCACAUUCAAUGAUUAUGUUUCAUGUGAAAGUCAGGCGGAUGUCAACUUUGAGCUUGAAAAGUUGAGAAUUGAACUAAGACAUGCAAGAGAAAUGUACGCAAUUGCUGAACAAGAGACGGCCAAUGCCACUUUGAAGGUGAGGCAUCUAAAUAAACAACGAUCAAAAGAAGCUAAGAAGCUUGAGGAGAUGAACAAUAAAGAGGUAUCUGCUAAAGAAUUUGCAAGGGAAAGAGCAAAUGUUGAAGCUUUGAGAAGAGAAGCAAAAUUUGUAAGAGAAGGUGCUGAAAGAGAGGGUAUCUAUAGGAAGGAAGCAGAGACGAAAGCUGUUCAAGAUGCCAAAGAGAAGGGAAAGCAUGAGAGUGCUCUUCAUGGAUAUCUGCAGCAAUACCAACAUUUUGAAUGGAAUGAUAUUGUAUCUGCUGCAUCAUCUUUCUCUGAGGAUCUUAUGAUUGGAAUGGGAGCACAUGGAGCAGUUUAUAAGUGUAAUUUGCAUCAUACAACUGUAGCAGUGAAGGUUCUUCACUCUAGAGAUGAUCACAAGAACACCCAAUUUCUUCGGGAGCUUGAAAUCUUGAGCAAAAUUCAUCAUCCCCAUUUACUACUACUCCUUGGUGCGUGUCCGGACAAGCACUGCCUGGUUUAUGAGUACAUGGAAAACGGUAGCCUAGAGGAUAGGUUGUACCGCAGAGGCAACACACCUGCAAUCCCAUGGUAUGAGAGGUAUAGGAUUGCUUGGGAAAUAGCCUCAGCUCUUGUCUUUCUACACAGCUCAAAGCCGAAACCGAUAAUCCACCGUGAUCUUAAGCCUGCAAACAUCUUACUCGACCGAAACCUCGUGAGCAAAAUCGGCGACGUCGGUCUAUCUACUAUGCUUAAUUCAGAUCCUUUAAUGUCUACUGCAUUCAAGGAUAGUGGACUAGUUGGAACUCUAUGUUAUAUAGAUCCUGAGUAUCAACGAACUGGAUUAAUCUCACCUAAGUCUGAUGUUUAUGCUUUUGGAAUGGUGAUCUUGCAGUUACUAACUGCAAAGCCAGCAGUAGCAUUAACCCAUGUGGUGGAAACUGCCGUUGAGAGCCGCUCUUCAAUAAAGGUUCUUGAUAUUAAGGCUGGGCAUUGGCCUAUUGAAGAGACGUAUGAAUUGGCGAGAUUAGGACUUUGGUGUGCAGAGCUACAACGCAAAGAUAGGCCCAACUUAAAGGAUCAAGUACUUCCCUUGUUAGUGAGACUCAGAAAGGUUGCUGAUGAGGCUCGCAAUUCGGCCUCCAGAGUCCCACCUGCAAUUCCUAACCAUUUCAUCUGUCCAAUUCUUCUCGACGUGAUGAAUGACCCUUGUGUUACGGCAGAUGGAUACACAUACGAUCGUCGAACGAUAGAGAAAUGGUUCCAAGAGAACGAUAUUUCACCGACGACGAAGUUGCCACUGCCAGAUAAGAAUUUAAUACCUAAUCACGGUCUUCUGUCUUCAAUUAUGGAGUGGAACUCCAGAAAAAACUAAUGCCAUUUUGAAGGUUUGAACAGAGUUAGCAUGUGAAGCUGUAUGAGUAGCCACUAUUUACAUUCAACUUCUUUCCCCAUAGCCAUUAUAGGAAAUCUUGACUUGCAGAGAAAAGAAUAUGAUCCUGCACAAAACUUAAUAAUAAUUCUAAACUAUUAUAUAUAAGAGAC